CGUUUUCCGCUAGGCCGUAAAGUAAAGGAGAACAAACUACCAGGUACCUUUACCUAGGCUGAAGACAUGGGCGGAAUUAUGGUUCCGCCCAUAAUCCCGCCCAGAUUGUUAUAGAGUGGUUUUAAUUCAAUAAUGAGAGGACCAGCUCCAUAGACAUAUAUAUGCGAUAUAUUAGGAGAUUGACGAAUUCCCGCAUUGCUUUAAACAUUAAAACUCCCCUUUGUAAGCAGUUGAUCAUAUAAAAUGCCAUGCCGAGGGCCAUACCUCUACUUCAAAUCAGCCGAGGAUGUGUAUAGCAAAUCAUGAGAUAAUGGUGACCUAGUUGCUGCACCUCACAACUCGAAGAACACCAGACCAACACCAACUCCCAACCCGCCACCAUGAGCUCCAAAAAUCAAACCACCACCGACAAAGAACCAACAGCAGUACAAACCACUAAAACUGCAGAUGGAAUCACAACAAUAGCCCUCAACCGCCCGCAUCGGCGCAACGCCGUCGAUGGCCCGACAGCCCAAAAGCUCACCUCUGCCUUUCUCGACUUUGAAAACGACUCUACCCAAAAAGUCUGCGUCUUCCAUGGCUCCAACGGCACGUUCUGCGCUGGAUUCGACCUCCACGAAGUCGCUAAAUAUGACUCCAAGAGCGACGAUAACCCUGCGUCGUCCCAGUCUAACUACACAGGGGUCCGAAUAAGCCACCACGACCGUGUUCAAGGACGUAACAUCGGCCCAAUGGGCCCCUCCAGAAUGCAAAUUACUAAGCCCGUUAUCGCCGCCGUAUCCGGGUUCGCUGUUGCCGGGGGACUGGAACUCUCGCUGCUCGCCGACAUGCGAGUCGCGGAGGAAGACGCCGUCUUCGGCGUAUUCUGUCGGCGGUGGGGGGUUCCUCUUAUCGAUGGCGGGACUGUGCGGUUACAGGCUAUUAUCGGGCUGGGUCGUGCAAUGGAUAUGAUAUUGACGGGGCGGGCCGUGGGCGCGAAAGAGGCGCUUGCGAUGGGGCUUGCGAAUCGGGUUGUUGCGAAGGGGACGGCGGUUGAGGAGGCGAUGGGGCUCGCGAGGCAGCUUUUGACUUUCCCACAGGGGUGUAUGAAUGUGGAUCGGACGUCUUGUUAUUAUGCGGCGUAUAACGCGAAGAGUUUUGAGGAUGCAUUGGGGUUUGAAUAUGAUCAUGGGGUUAAGGUUGUUGAGGAGGAAAGUGUGAAGGGGGCGGCGAGGUUUAGUGCUGGGGCUGGCAGGCAUGGGAAAUUUGGGUUUGGGGGGUCUCUUUAGGUGUCUAGCUUUGCUUUGAAGUGGUGAUUGUUUGGCAUAUAGCUGUAUUACUGUAUAUUGUGUUGCAUUGUUUGUAUAUACCCGGUGUCUAAUAUUUUGUUUACUCAGGCGUACGAUUUACAUCCACCAGAUUCGUUCUUAAGGCUUCUUGUACAGGUGACCGGGAGAGGC